CCCCACGAUCCUGUGAUAUCAGUGCACUGCACUAUAUGCACAACCGCCCUGCACACCCCCGCAGAUACUCAAACUCAAAGAUGGGGACUUUGAUGAAGAUGGCGGCUGUGGUUCUCCUGCUCCCAGUUGUUCUCGCCCAAGGUAACGGGGACCCCUGCGUGUACAAGGCUGUGGGGGAUUCCGUGACGAUUCCCCUCCAACGCAAGGACUGUGAAGAGGACACCUUGUCCUGGAAGUUAAAUUCAAACGACAUUUUCAGGAAGAAAAAGCAAACUGUCUCUGUUGGCAAACUUUCGGCUGUGACAGAGGACGGAUCUCUAAAGCUUGUGGAUCUACAGGUGCCCAGUUCAGGAGUGUACAUAGCCGAGCUCCAUGACACUGAUGGAAAGCUAUGCGGACAAGCAAGGCAAAAUCUGUGUGUGAUCGAGCGCGUGUCCAGGCCUUAUGUGACGUACACCUGCAGCGAGGACGCGGUCACUCUCACCUGCGACAGCGCGGAGUCGAAGGUUAACUGGACUCUCAACGGCGGUACAUCUGAGGGGGCGUUUAAAAAAACGCUAACGGUUCCCGGAAGACCCGCUCACGACGCUAAGUAUUCGUGCACAGCUUGGAACGAGGCCAGCCAAGAGAAAAGCAGGGAUACAACAGUUCGGUGUGAAGUCCAGUUGUCCUUUGUGAUAUCACAAAAUGAGGAAGUGAGAGAGGGAGAAGACGUGUCCAUCCUCUGUGCCAGCACCCCACCUGCAGACGAGUACACUGUCUGGACACCCAGAAAUCAGUCCCGCUUGCGGGUCGCGGAUGGUAAGUUCAGGUUGCCGAAGGUGACCAAAGACGACGCUGGAACGUACCUGUGCCAGCCGGAGUGGACGCUACCUGGCCCGUACGACGACGCCGCCAAGGCCACCCUCCAGCUGCGUGUUUCCUCCGCGAAAGACGGCCAAGCCUUGCGCGGGGGGACGACCCCACGGGUCACUUCCGGGUCGGAGGGCACUCUCCUCCUGGCCACACACCUGCUCUUGGUCCUCUGUCUUUCUGGCCCCGUAGUUUAAAUCAAACGUGGUGCAACACCAGGUCAGAUCCGUUCCGGGAUUUUGUCCCAGACUCGCUGCCCUUAACUGCAGUGAUGAGACGAAGUAAAUGGUCCUCCUUUCAUUCCACGGGGACCUGUUUAAAUGCGGUGAUGGCAAAAAGUUAGGUAAUCAUGUCAUCACUGUAUUUAAUCAGCCGAACUGUUAUAUUUAAAUUUUAACUGAUAUUAAAACUGAGUAAAUCACAAACCACAGCUACAACUGCACAUGUGCCAUUCUUGGUGAAAGCAGUUGUACUUUAGUCCAGUAUGGGUGUGAACACUGUGUACACGGCUCUAGAAAUUUCAGCCAGAAUUAUUGGUCAGAACAAGAAGUGGCACCCACACACUGCCCCCCCCCCCCAGAACUCUGGGGUGGACCUGUGCACCCCAGAGUUCAGGAGUGUGGUUUGCACUGACCACCAAAGCAAAGAGCGCCCCCUAUCUGUGGCAUAUUCACUGCGACGUUUCAAACUUCGUUCAGUUGGGGCUGUAUGAAAUUAUUUUAUGAUGUAUGUUUUAAAAGAUUUUUUUUAAAAUUUUAUCUUUCAUUUGGCAGCACAUUUAGGAAGAUGAUUUUAAAGCUUUCUGUAUUAUGCUUAAAACAUGUUCCCUCUGCAGCAUUGUGGUACAGAGAUAUUUUAAUAAAAAUUAAGAAAUGAACAAAUAUUAAGUAA